GCAUAUAAAGCUUUGAUUUCGUUCAUAAAUUCUUAUCUUGUGCGAGUUACACUAGCCGUGAAGCUCAAGGGGGACAUCACCGUGCUAAAUAUCCGUGUGCCUAUAUAUUUAGAAAUGGAAUACAUGUGUUUGUUGGUGUGAUGAUUUGAAUUGUUUAAAGUUAAACAAUGUUCCAGGAAACUUCGUGUGUGCUACUUAAAGAGAAGGUUCUGCGUAUCAGCAUUUCAAACAAAUGUUGUUAAGAAACCGAAUUUUCACAUCAAGUACAACUUCGGAUAAAGAUACUAUAUUAUAUGUUUUAAUGACUUAAAUAUCAAACAGAAAUAAUCUGCAAUUUUACGACACCUGAUAGACGGCGUACAAAAGGACAACUGUGAAAAUUAAUGGGAGUGUUUUCUCACUUAACACUGCUACAUAGAAAAGUUGGAUUUGUGAGCAUAUGAUGAAAAGAGAUUACCUGGUCAUGAAAACUACACAGAAUAUAUUUGAUGCUGUUCUGCAACGAGUACAGUUUGGCAACUUCUCGCAAAAUUACAGUUUAAUAUGGCCGCCUCAGGAACCGGGGGAUGUCCCUACCAUCUACAAAACGGGGAGGACAUUCUACGCUUAUUUCACACCAGUGAUCCUCGUCAUCGGAUUAAUAGGGAAUUCUUUAUCGUUCAAGGUGUUCAUAUCUAAAGGCAUGCGACACCUUUCAGCUAGUGUGUAUCUCGCAGCCUUGUCUGCUACGGAUCUCGUCACCCUUAUUUGCUAUGUCACAGUUGAAUGGCUUCGAAGAGGAAUAGUGUACUUAGAGCCAGACUGGAAAGUUAGCUUUAUUGACAUCGACUACAUCUGUCAGUUUCAAAUGUACAUGUCUUACAUUUCACGCAUGUCGUCAGUUUGGUUAGUAGUUGCCUUUACUGUGGAGAGAUACAUAGGUGUAUGUCAUCCAUUACGGCGUAUUGAUAUUUGUUCUGUAAGCAGUGCACGUAAAAUAGUACUUUCUAUAUUUAUUUCGUCGCUGACACUUGUCCUUUAUAAACCAUUCCUGAGUGGAGUUUUUAUCAGUGACAGUGGUGAUAGGUACUGUACUACAUAUCAGAAGCACAGGUUUGUGUCGUUCGUCCUGGACAGUGUGUACGGUCUGUUGAUCACGUUUGUACCACUCACAAUCAUCUCAGUGAUGAACGCUCUGAUCAUCAGUAAACUUUUUGCCAGAAAAAGAAAACAGAAGAAAACCCGGGUAAUGUCUGAGGAUGCCCUGGUGCGCUUAGAGUUCACAUCCAUUCUCCUGGUCAUCUCGUUUUGUUUUGUAGCAUUCAACAUACCAUUCCUUGUCUUGUGGAUCCGCAAUUUUUUUCGGUCCAAAUACGUAUCGAGUCAAAUCAACGAAUCGGAAUACGACGUGGAGUAUUGGCAGGGGGUACUCUACAUCACUCGGACUAUUUUCUACGCGAAUUAUUGCAUCAAUUUUUUUCUGUACAGUAUUACUGGGGCUUAUUUCAGACGGGGACUGAAAGCCACGUUUUGUAAAAAAUCUGGUAAUCUGCUCAGGACUCACAGUGUACUCACCAGGUACAAUUCACAUUCACAUACAAAUCAUUCCUGGGUCUGACUUUUCUUCAAUCUGCCUCUCGUCUUCAAUGAUUUAGAAUUCUAUUUUUUUCUCCCUUCUUAAUGAAUGAUUUAAAUUUUAUUUCAAUUUUCAAGUAUGUGCACAUUGAUUUAUAGAUAUGGAAUUCCAUCACAAAUCGACAUUUUCAUUAAUUUUCCUAUUAUUUACAAUCAUAAAUGAUACGCAUAGAACUGCAUUCGUAAUUGUUACUUGAUCACGUGAUGAUCGACGCUCGGGAGGGAAUAAUCAGGGAUAGGGAGGAAUGUGAAUAUAACUUGAUCACGUGAUGUAUACGAAACUGACAAAAAUGUUUUUCUUUAUUCUAUCAUGUGAUCUCUAGAAACACUAUCAGAAAAUGUUCCCAGUGUUUAGCUGUUGUCAUGUGUUGAAUUUCGUAAGUCAUGUAAAAUAAAAUCAACCAAAUAAUUGU